AGGUUUUGAGCUUGUGUGUGUUUCUGAUGAGGAUUCCGAUGCAACAGAAUAGAGUUUUGGGGAUGGAGAUGAAGUUAGGAACGAAACACGAGAUCUAAUUCAUACACAGAUACUGAUAGUACCUCCGAUUGUUACGACUCAAACAUUUGGGUGUUUUUCUCGUGAACUUUAAAAACAACGGUGAUACCUGUAGACGUAGAAAGCCACAAUGACGGUGUCUGUUGAUUUGAACCGUUUCAUAGAUUGCAAGUGGUUUUGCCUACUAAGUGUGUGGCAUUCCUGUAGAUGCUGGGCACCAUAAACUAAAAGGACAAUCAGAAACGCCGCUUAACUGCUGAUGCAGACUGGUGUGUGACAUGGAGCCAGAAUGAGUUUGAUUUUUCAGCUACAAAAAAUUAAAGAAAUUAUGUUUUGGUGAGAUGUUCUGGUUUACACAGAUAAAGACUGAUGGCUGCAGACUUUUGUCUCUGCGGUUUCUGCUUCCAGAAGCAGACUGAGUUCUUGAUGCCUGAUGGAAUGCUUUGGCUUUUGAUCAUAUGACAAUGCAGGGUUUUUUAUUUCCUUUGGCUUUGAGACAAGUGUUCACAAUCUGUCCUUUGCUUAAUAUGAGAAAGAAACCAAGCUUUUUUAAUCAAUUACCUGUUCUAAGAUAAGACAAAAGUUACUUCUGAAUUCUGAUGCAGGUUUGAGAUGUCUUUACACUGAAUUUGUGGAAGUGACAUUAGAACACUGUAUAGCAAUUAUGUCUUAAAGUAGUCUAAACGCAUCCUGACUUUUGUCACAUGUUUUUGUUAGCUGGCUAGAUGUGUUACAGUAACUGAUGUGCUAUUGUAGUAGUGCACUACCUUGUCCCUUCCUGCCCCAGCAGCAUCCCUCACUGCCCCAGACUGUGUAAGGAAUCUGACCUGGCUCCCUAGCACUUCUCAACCGCUUACAGACGGUCUUUGUAUCCUUGUAUGCUCUGCAAAGUUCAGAACUGUGAAAGUAAUGUACGUCCAGGAAUACAAUCCUGGAAUGAGAAGGAUCUGGAAAGUCGGGGUUCCAAAGCUUGGAUAUGUUGGGAAUGGAUCUUGCUGUCUCUUAAUCGCUGUAUCAUUCAGUAUUUAAACUUCAAGAGAGACAAAACUUUUACAUGUAGUGACAGAUUAUUUAUCUUCCUUCAAGGGAAAUACUUGAGAGAUGAGGAUAACAAAUGUGAGAAGUUCUCAGAUGCUUCUUAAAAUCUAACUCAUACACCUUGAGUUUGCUACUGUGGCAAUAUACCUACUCAGUGCUUAAUACUUAGCUGAGUAGACUGCCUCUUGAGCUAUUCCAGGAGAGAGGUAUAUUGAGACUUCAAGUCCACUAAAUAACAGGAAGCUCUGAUGUGUGGAGCACUGAUUGAAUAGCAUAUUACAAAAUACAUGUUACACAAAAUGCAAAGUUGUUGGUUCCAUUACACUACUCGGUGAAAGACCAGCCUGACAGAGACGUCAAGGUGCUGGGGUCAGGGUACUUCCGGAUACUGUAAAAGAGAAGAGGUCUGCAAUUUGAAGGUGCCUUAUGAAGGGUGACAGCUUCUGAAGUGGAGUUACGGCCUGAGUUAAUGAAAGAGAAGUUGUGGGGGAAGGUACUAAAGUCAUCACCGUAGUAUAUGAAGAGUCUAAAUGACAAUAUCGUAAAUGGUAGGGGGAACCAAAAUGUUAAUCCACAAUGUUAGGGUGCAGUAGUCCGUAUGAAAAGCAUCAGUUCUCCUGAAAACAUUUUCACUGCUGAAACGGGAAAAAAUUACAACCAUGAGGAAACAUAUGAGGUGUUUGGAGAAAUGUGAGAAAAGACUCUUUUUUUCUUCUUGCUGUUCUUCUAACGAUGUAACGAGUGUAGGAUUGCUUUUGUUAAGGGGGAGCAGAUUUCCAGGACUGCAACAGGUGCUUUUUCAUCCACAAUCGGCCCAGUACUACUAAGAUGAUAAAAGGAAUUAGAGGAGAUUGUGAAGAAAAAUAUGGGAAUAUAUACUGUGUUGCAUCCCGAGCAAGUAUCUUUUUAUAUCUGGGAAUGGAGUCGUGUGAAGGAGUUCACUGCAACCGGUUCUUCCAACACAGACACAGGCAAGGCUUCAGGCAGUCUGGAGACCAAAUAUAAGGUCAAAGACCAAGGACUUACAUUCACCCAGAAGUGGAACACAGAUAACACAUUGGGAACAGAAGUUUCUGUUGAGGAUAAGUUCGCUACAGGGUUGAAGGUGGCUCUUGACACUACAUUUGUACCAAACACAGGGAAGAAGAGUGGAAAGUUGAAGACCUCCUACAAAAGAGAAUAUAUACAUCUAGGCUGCAGUGUAGACAUUGAUCUCUCUGGACCAACCAUUUAUGGCUGGGCAGUGUUGGGCUUUGACGGCUGGCUUGCUGGCUACCAGACGGCUUUUGAUACAGCCAAGUAUAAGCUUUCACAAAAUAAUUUUGCCUUGGGCUAUAAGGCAGGAGACUUUCAGCUGCAUACUUAUGUGAAUGAUGGCACUGAGUUUGGUGGGUCUAUUUAUCAGAAGAUUAAUAAUAAGGUAGAGACAUCAGUUAAUCUUGCCUGGACUGCUGGCAGUAACAACACACGUUUUGGUUUUGCUGGAAAGUACCAAAUGGAUGAGAAGACUUCCGUUGUGGCUAAAGUGAACAAUGCCAGCCUCAUUGGAAUUGGUUACACUCAUGCCCUCCGACCUGGUGUAAAGCUGACCCUCUCGGGCUUGAUUGAUGGCAAGAAUUUCAGUGCUGGAGGUCACAAAAUUGGGCUGGGAUUUGAGCUGGAAGCUUAACACAGCUUUAAGUAAAACAACUAGUGGUGCUCUGGAAGAUGAAGGAAAAGUGUACCCAGUGUAUUUCAGCCUUAAUAUUACUCUGAAAUUUGAAGAAGUGUGAACUUUCUGCUCUUCCCAAGAAUGACUUUAACCCAGUGUUGAAGUCCAGAGUGUGCCAGCACAACAGAGGAAGACACCUGAAGGCAUGCAUGGAAGUUGUGAUGUUUGUGCCACAUUUCGGUUUCCUGUAUUUUAAAUCUGUUCCAAAAAAACCAGAAGAAACUCCAACCUCUCCCCAUUACUGUAUUGCAUUUUGCAUGUCCUGUACUUCACAGCCUUUUAUAAAAGGAGGUCUCUGUGCUGUAGUGGAAAUUUGGGGUUACAUCAGAAUAAAAUAAAUUGCUCACGGUCAGAACAGAA